UGGAUUGAUUCUUCCACGGCUGCUCUGGAUACACUGUUCGAGAGAAUAAACAAGGCUAUUGAUACUCAGAGGAACGGCAUCAAGAACUAUCUCGAGGACUCCAGACGACGACAUGGCAUGUUGUAUGGCCAUUUCAUAUUUAAGAUUCUCCACGGUCGUGUGUCACACCACUGUUUGGGGUUGAUUCUGAGCGAGUAUACCAGGAUGAGGGAGUUGGGCGAUGAAGUGGCUAUUCGGUGCGGAUGUGCUAUAUCAAUGACUCAUGGAUUACCUUGUGCAUGCACCAUUCACCGCGUAAUUACGCAAGACAGGGCGUCGUUACAUGUCGAUCAGGUUCAUCCAUUCUGGCGGACGCUCGUUAUCGGAGAGCAUGCUGUUCCGCAUACGGUUCACCGUGAACAGGAGGAGUUGGAGCAGUUUCAGAUGAUGUUUGACCAAGUGUCCUCCAGUCACCCUUCGAUCAUUCGUAGUGCUACACACAUACUUCAUGACAUGUUCAAUACAUCGUGUUUGGAUACCGAGGAACCGGAAGGGGUCGAGCGACCUAGGGGUCGACAACCACGGCGGAACAAGAGUGCGUUUGAGUACAUUCGCGGUCGUGGCCGUGGCCGUGGCCGUGGUCGUACAUCCUCAUCAAGUGGCAGCCAAUCAUCGUCGUCGGUGAAUAUGCCCGGCACCGGGAGAAUGGACAUUGAACAUUUUCCAUAUAAGGACAGGAUCCCUAAUAUCAUGAUGCCAUUCUUGGACGGGUGGAAUGAUGUCAUUGCAGAUGGUAACUGCGGAUUUCGGGUUGUGGCGGAUGUGUUUCAAAUGGGUGAAGACAACUACGGUUUAGUGCGGCAGUUGAUGUACAGUGAAAUCGCAUCAAACCGAGAUGUGUAUGGCCAUGUGUACGGCGAGGACUUGGAUAGGUCUCUGCAGCGUAUCCGGUGGGGAGGGGGACCUUGCGGUCAAAAUCAUUGGUUCGAUGCGCCACUUGAUCUCUUUGCCGUUGCAAACAUCUACAAGUGUGCAGUCAUGCAUUUCGGCCUUGGUUUACAUAGUCGAGCCUAUUAUCCAUGUACAACGGUUCUGCCCUGGUGUUCGCGCGAGACCGUCACCAGACCGGUAAGGGACGUUGCUAUUGGAUUUCUUGGGCCGUCAUACAGACAUUUUAUCCGAUUAGACAUGUCACCCGAUUUUCCGGUCCCAAAUAUCAUACCGAAGUGGUAUGAAAUUCGUAGAGCAAGCGUGGAGGGUUGGGAUGCUUUGUACCAUGCUCGCGUGCAACAGUGGAACAAUUUAAUUACCAUGUAGUUUUUGUUGAUGUACACCUACCUUUUACUAUGAGGCCUUGUAUUGUCAAUACUAUGUCAUUUCUAUGUGUUCAUUUUUAAAAGAUAAUGUUUCAUUUUAAAAA